AAAAAGUAGAAAUAUCAGCCAAAAAAAAUGGAAACGGGGGUGUUUGUGUUUGAUAGGUUAUACGGGAGAUUAAACAGACGUCAUGAUAAUGCCCCGUAGCGUCACGUCCCUGAACUAAAAGUAAGCGUAAACAGACGAAGUUAACCGAGGAUGAACGACUUCAGACGAGAAUCGUGAGAGAGUCACAGUCGAGUUCGAGUGAUUCCUCGAUGGUGGACGUGUGUGGUGCGAGGAACGAAGCAAUGAAAGCUUGACCGUUUCUCCACGCGGGGUAAAUAAUUGCAUUUACCCUUCGACAGACUGACACGUUGUCCUACGAGGACUACGAAAAGGUUAAGUGGGCGUGUGAAUCGCCAAGUGCGUGUGAAAUGUGCGUCUUCAGGGUGCGAGAGGUGCGUGAAAAGUGGCGAAAACAGUGAAGCAAGAACGCGAGGAAGUUUUAAUUCUACCUUCUAUUACUUUAUUAUUUAAAUCUUUAAUACUUUAUCCACUUUUUAUAAUAAUUAUUUGUCUCUCCUUGAUCUGACUACUCAUCAUCAUUUUUCGGCCUCGAUUAUUUUCACGAAAUAGUGUAUUCUGUCUCUCUUUCCUGAGGAGAGACACAGUUGGAGAGGCUCAAGAUGGCUGGGAAUCGUUGAAUAUAUUUACGCAAAAUUUAUUUCAACGUGGAUUAAACGACGAGAAACUACAACGAACGAAAUAUAAUAAAAAAGAAGAACGCAAAUCGCAGCAGCCUGAUAGCUGCGUUCAGCUUACGAGCAAAUAAGAACAUGACGCGACGAUACCGAACCCAUCCGUGAAGAAAGAGAGACACUGGCCGAGGAGUGAAAGGGAAUGUGUGACAUGUUCAUCCAAACUCAGCAGACUAGCAGCGUCAACAGCAGCAGCAGCAGCAGUAGUAAUAAUACCGUUCACCAUCACAACAAGAAGCGUAAGUUGGAUUACAACGUCAGCCAGCCUGUAAUCCAGCACGCAUUGGUCCAAUCGACCGGUGACUACCAAUUGGACAAUCCUGGCUUGCAACGGUACUCCGUGAGCGGUACCAACACCGCUUUCGGCACGCUGCACAAUAAUGCGCUGCAGAAGAGCCCGAAUCAGCAGACAUUGGUGCGAGCGUCUACUAUCAAACUUUUAGACACGUACCAGCGCUGUGGCCAGAAGAGAAAGACUUGGUCAAGGGAAGGUAAUGAGGUCCUGGCAGUCCAACCUACUAACCCAACCAAUACAGUGGGCAGUACUGUAGUUCCUCAGCUUCAUUCCCAACAUCAACAACAGCAACAGCAGUCUGCGUUGCAACAACAUCAGCAACAACAACAUCAACAUCCACAACAAUCUCAACAGCAACAGCAACACAAGCAGACAGGCAUGACGUCACAUAGCAAACAAGUUGCCACUGCUGGCAAUGGGGGUAGUAAUCCCCAAGGUGAUGGAGACUAUCAGUUGGUCCAACAUGAAGUUCUUUAUUCUAUGACCCAUCAGUAUGAGGUCCUUGAGUUUCUUGGAAGAGGUACAUUUGGCCAGGUUGUCAAAUGUUGGAAGAAGGGUACUAAUGAAAUAGUUGCUAUUAAAAUUCUUAAAAAUCAUCCUUCAUAUGCGCGCCAAGGACAGAUUGAGGUCUCCAUCCUGUCACGACUGAGUCAGGAAAAUGCGGAUGAGUUCAACUUUGUGCGCGCUUAUGAAUGCUUUCAGCACAAAUCUCAUACUUGCUUGGUGUUUGAGAUGUUGGAGCAGAACCUUUAUGAUUUUCUUAAACAAAAUAAAUUUUCACCUUUACCACUCAAGUACAUUAGACCUAUUCUUCAACAAGUGCUUACAGCUCUGCUCAAACUCAAGCAACUGGGAUUAAUUCAUGCCGAUUUAAAACCAGAAAACAUCAUGCUUGUCGACCCGGUACGACAACCAUAUCGCGUAAAAGUCAUCGACUUUGGUUCCGCCUCCCAUGUCUCCAAAGCAGUGUGCAAUACCUAUCUGCAGUCGCGAUACUACCGAGCACCGGAAAUCAUUCUUGGACUCCCCUUCUGUGAAGCUAUAGAUAUGUGGUCGCUUGGUUGCGUUGUCGCCGAGUUGUUUCUCGGUUGGCCCCUUUACCCUGGAAGUUCAGAAUACGAUCAAAUACGAUACAUCAGUCAAACUCAGGGCCUACCUACUGAACAUAUGCUCAAUAAUGCCAGUAAAACGACCAAAUUUUUUUACCGUGAUAUGGAUAGCACUUAUCCAUUUUGGCGGCUUAAAACACCUGAAGAACAUGAAGCAGAAACUGGCAUCAAGUCUAAAGAAGCAAGAAAGUACAUUUUUAAUUGUUUAGAUGACAUCGGUCAGGUGAAUGUACCAACUGACUUAGAAGGUGGUCAAUUACUUGCUGAAAAAGCUGAUAGACGUGAAUUUAUUGAUCUUCUCAAACGAAUGCUUACAAUGGACCAGGUAGAGCGUCGUAUAACACCCGGAGAAGCUUUACAUCAUGCGUUUGUAACUCUGGCCCAUUUAGUGGAUUAUGCUCACUGUAAUAACGUGAAAGCAUCAGUGCAAAUGAUGGAAGUUUGUAGACGAGCGGGUGAUUUCACCGCAAGCCCAGCUCAUCAUCAAGCACCUCCAGCACCUCAACCACCUCCACCUACCUCUCUUGUUGCCAAUUUUGUCCCAACGACAAAUGGUAGUGCAGUUACCCUGACUUUUAACAACCAGCUGACCAAUCAAGUCCAAAGAUUAGUGAGGGAACAUCGAACUGCACCAACGGGCUAUGAUAACUUGUAUCAGAUUUAUAGCAACAGCAGCCGCAGGGCAACUCAAUAUAGUGGAUCGUCAAGUGGGUCUAAUAGUGGAAGGAGUGGAGUUCAUGAUUUUCCACAUCAACUUGUCCCUGGAAUAUUAUGUCCACCGCCUGGAUACCAAACAAUGCCAAGUCCAGCCAAGCACGUUGUAGUGGCUCAGCCACCACAAGCUCAACAAGCACCACUGCAAAUUCAACCAUCGAUCAUUUCCCAACAAGCAGUUGCUGCAGCUGCAGCAGCAGCCCAGCAACAAUAUGCAGUUCCGGUAUCGAUGGUGGAAACGGGUCGCCAAAUGCUAUUAACUUAUCCCACGGUCGAAUUACAGAAUGCAGUACAGACAUCAUGGCCCGGUGGUAGUCGACAAAUGGCAGCAAUUGUGCCAUCAUGGCAACAAUUACCACCUCAACAUGCAGCCAUUCAACAACCUCUUUUAAGUGACGCCGGUGAUUGGGGAAGACCAUUGAUUGUCGAUAGUUCUGCUAUUCUACAGGAUCAGCGUCCUGUGUUUCCUGUAACUGAAGUCUACAACACGAGUGCUUUGGUGGAACAUCCAUCACAAAGUUGGAGUAAACGUAGUGUGGCUAAACAUCAUCAGCAUCAUUUGACAGUACCUCAACAAUCACAACACAGGCAUGAGCAUAAGAAAGAAACACAACAACUUAGUCCAGUGAAGAAGAGGGUUAAAGAGAGUACACCCCCAAGUAGCAUGAGAAGAUAUUCACCAUCUAACGGACAUUGGCAACAACAACCAGUACAAUCUCAUCACCAUAGUGGCAAACAUGCUAGUAAUCAUAAUGUAGAGCAUCAGCAAGUUGCUGCUGUUAGACAGCAGACUAUCACUAUUCAUGAUACGCCUUCGCCUGCAGUGUCUGUUAUCACUAUCAGUGAUAGUGAAGAUGAAACGCCUGGAAAAUGCUGUGGAGAUCAUCAGUGUGGAGCUUGUCAAAGUUUAGCACCUCGCCUGUCUGGCGAUGGACGCCCAGUUCGCGAGGAAAUCAUCCGAAGCACACAAUCGACUCCAAGAAUUGUACAAAAUUCGCAGCCUGUGCAUUCUACAAGCAACCAAUCUCAUAGUAAUGGUCAUAAUAAUUCUCACAGUACAACAAGGGUCCAACGUAAAAAUGUCAUCAGCUGCGUUACAGUAGGUGAUAGUGAUGGCGAAUCAAGUCCUGGAAGAGCUCAUGCUCAUUUGUAUCAACAAGCUCAUUUAUCUCAACAUUCACAACAUCAACAAACAACACAGCAUAUCAAACAUGAACCUCAGCCUCAACAUCAUGUUAGUUCCGGCUAUUCUUCUCAAUCACAAAAGAAACGAUUACUGGCAAAAGUUCAAUCCGAAUGUAACAUGAUAAAUGUCGCAACGAAGCCGGAGCCUGGCGUUGAGUAUCUUGCUCCACAUCCAUGCCACGCGCCAGCAUGCAAAGAGCCACCGACCUAUCAGGAUGAUGCCUAUGAUAUGCAUAACUACUUAUUGCAGUAUGUGACCACGAGCAGCGCGCAUCCGCAUCUCCAAGAACAGCAUAUUGUCUACACAACUAAUGCGGAUAAACGUGUCUCCUGGCCGGGCAAACGUGCAGAGUAUAAACAUGAAUAUGUACAACCACCAGCCGCCCAUUCUAGAGAUCAUCAAAAGUGGACAGUGGCUAAUCCAGUACACCAAUACAGGCAGAGCCAGGUGGUAGGUUCGGCACCGCAUCCGGGUCAUAGCCACAGCCACCAUGGACACCCGGCCCACCUGAGUCCUGGUGGUGGUGGUGGCGGACGAAGUCCCGCGAGCGGCACGGUGGUAGGGAGCACCCAACACCUGGGGCAACCCCUUUACCAGGAGUACGCGCACGUCCGUUCGCGGGCUCAUCCUGUACCGCCACCCGUUUAUGUAACCGCCGCACCCUCGCAGGCUCCCGCUGCAAUCCAGCAGCAACAAGUGCCCACCUACCAGGGAUUCACACCCGGGUGGGUACCUAGACACCUAGUUGAUGCAUGCAUCUCGUCACCACUAACAUUGUAUGAUUCUAGUCGCGCUUUACCUCCACCAGCGCAUCACAGUUCGGCAAGGCCAUUAUUGGCGAGCCAUGCAGCUCAUCCACUACCUGCACACAUGCAGCCAACAGCCGUUUAUGGUCUUGCACCACUGUCUCCAGCGAAACAUCAAUACCAACCGUCCGGCUUGUGGUUCACCGAAUAAUCAACACGAGGACAAGUUGAAAAAGUAUAAAGAUUUAAAAAAAAAAAAAUAAGACGGAGAAAUGAGUGAGAACUUUUAAAUGAAAUAUACAAAUACUUUAUGUUGUAUAAAGUGGAUGUGAAAAACGUAAAGAAUUUUUGUAUUAAAAAAAAAAAAAAGACUUAGAUAAUUUUAUUGAAGAAAAAGAAAAAAAUGUAGGUCUUUUUUUUUAAAUGAGGGUUUACAUUUUAAGUUUCUCAUUUUCUCUGACGCAAUGCAGCAUAACGUUAGGCUUUAUUGCAAUUUUAAACUUAUCUAAACUCGGAUGUGUACAUUUUCUAAAAGUCUAAAAUCAUCUUUUAAAUGAAUAACUGAUAAAAGCUUCAUCAAUCCGUCCUGUGUAAAAGUUUAUCUAUGACUGAUUAAUUAACUAAUUAAUUAAUGGUUCAAAAACUUUAUUACUUAAAGUGUAUACUCUCAAGUGAAAUCAUUGAUGGAAUUUUUGAUAAAAGUUUCUCCACUUUAUUCAACUAAAGUAGUCAAAUAUUAACGAACCAUAUCGUUAUUAUGAACGAUAAAAUAAUUGAUAAUUAAAUUGACACGCAUGUGUAUUUGAAAGCACCGACUUGCUGAUGAAUCGUUGACUUGGAACAUGACAUUAUAAGAGAAGAAAAAAAAAAUGGACGAUGCAGCGUCAAUUGAGAAAAAAAA